UUUGUCAACGUGUCAAUGCGAUUUGUACGCGUUGCAUGUUAGUUGCCAACACGGUUCACCGUCGCUCUACUUUAUAAUUUUUGUGAGUUAAAUUAAAACCUGACAGACUGUUGCUGUGCAUAGUGAGUGUUUCAUAAUUGAAGCAGAUCAUUUUUAACAAUGCCUCCUUCUCCUAGUUCCACGAACGUUGGAUCUGGUGGUCGCUCACCCAGCAAGGCGACUACAGCCCCACGGUCAUCCAGCGGGAGCACAGUUCGCCAACGUAAAUCUACAACGACUACUACUGCCGCUAGAAAUCGCAGCACAGGGGCCGGAUCCGGUGGCAUGUGGCGAUUCUACACCGAUGACUCUCCAGGCGUUAAAGUGGGUCCAGUUCCAGUUUUAGUUAUGUCUCUCCUCUUCAUUGCGUCUGUAUUUAUGCUUCACAUUUGGGGUAAAUACACAAGGGCGUAAUUUCCACAUAUUUAGUAACUGGUUGUUCGAAGAAAGAGUGAAAGUGAUUGAUAUGGAGUUGGGUGUUAAGAUAUGAUUUUUAAAUAAAUUAUGUAAUUUAAUCUUAUUCUGCAAUAAAUAUAAGUUCUAUACAUAAAA